CGAUGAAUUGCCUAAAAAGAUUCCGAAGCAAUCUAACAAAGGAUUUACAUAAGUCGUACCCAAAACCCAGGAACCAGUAAAAGAAACAAUAAAUUGAUUUUGAUUUUACCAAAACCUAAAUAUAGGAAUGUUUCCAUAAAAAAGAAGAGUGUAAAUUAAAAACAAAAAAAAGUCAAAAUUCCCAAAAUUCAACUGCUUUUUUCGUCUCUCAGAUCAAAAACAAGUGAAAUAGCUUGAUAAUAUCAUCAUCAUCGAAUCCAAGAACGUGUUUGAGUUUAAAUAGAAUUCAAUUUCCAAAAUUUUGUACAAAUAAAGAAAAAGAAACCCCAAAAAUUAAAUCUUUAAUAAGCAAAAACAAACAAUAUGAAAAGAUUAAUCAGAUCAGAAAACAAACCAAGAGGGACGACUCCAACUAUUCUUGUUGUUCUUUCCUUGUUCCUUUGGAAUUGUAAUAAUAUCAUUAUCACAUCCUCUUUUCUUGAUUUUAUUUUCGACCCUCUCUCAACAAUUCCUUCUUUCUCUUUCUCUCUCUCUACGUAUUUGCCUUUAAUAUUAUUAGCUUCAUAUUUUGUGAUUUCCCGAACGAAAUUCCCUUUUGGGUUUCUUUGUUUUGACGAUAGGUAUUUGAAAGUUGAAAUCUUUAUGUCGGUUUUCGUCUGGGAACCCUAGUUUUUUUUUGUGCGUGUAAAAAUCUAGGGUUUCGUUCAUACCUCGAUUUUUCGACCUCUUCAAUGGAGACUGGUUCGGAAGGAGAAAGCAAUCGCAACAUCAAUGGUCAAUCUGAUGGAUCCAAGAAACCUAAACGCCAGAUGAAGACGCCUUUCCAACUCGGAAUGCUUGAAAAAACCUAUGCGUUGGAGAUGUAUCCAUCCGAGGCCACAAGGGCAAAACUGUCCGAAACUUUAGGGCUAACCGACCGCCAGUUGCAAAUGUGGUUCUGCCACCGCCGGUUGAAAGACAAGAAAGAAGGGACUGUAAAACGGGCGGGAGGUGAUGGUGGUGAGUCUUUGAAACCUUCCAAACAAGAAUUGGUGGUGGUUAGUGGUGGUGGAGGUGGUGGUGGGAGUGACCAUGGUUCACGGUCUCGGUCACACCGUGAGUCAUGGUCACGGUCUCGGUCGGCAUCAGGGUCGGAAUCGGAAUCGGAAUCGGAUUCCAAUCGGUUUAAGGAACCAUUGGUUCAUAGCAGGGCUUAUGAGGUGACACAAAAGAAGAUGAUGUUGAGAAGAGUAAUUGAAUGCGUUGAGGUUCAAUUAGGUGAGCCAUUGAGGGAAGAUGGACCAAUUCUUGGAAUGGAGUUUGAAGAGCUUCCACCUGGAGCAUUUGGAACACCAAUAGUUGCAAAAAAGCAUCAUGGACAAACAAACAGACAUUCUUAUGAUGGAAAUUUAUUUGACCAAUCCGAUCCUCGGUCAAUCAAAACUGAGGUGGGUGGUGUUCGUGAGCCUGUGGGCCCUAAUAUUAAACAUGAACCAUAUGGAGGUGUUUCUCGGUUAUAUGAUUCACCAAUUGGUUACUCAAGUGACCAAAGAUUAGUUGUUCAAAAUGGACAAAUGCCACAUACUUCUUAUGUUUCUCAAGGACAAUUGAAGGGUGUUAGUUUGAUGACACAAAAAGGGGAAAUGACACAUUUAUCCUCACCUACAAAAGAUAAUGAUUUCAUUCAACCAAAUGAAGAAGUUAUGCAAAUGUGGAGGAAACGCAAGAGUGAGGAUGCUGUUGGUGGAAGGGAAGGUCAACAAUCUAAUGAAAAGAGGAUGCGAAAAGAGCUUGAGAAGCAAGAUUUGAUGAGGCGAAAGAGAGAAGAGCAAAUGAAGAAAGAAAUGGAGAAACAAGAUCGUGAGAGGCGAAAGGAAGAAGAGAGAAUGAUGCGUGAAAAACAAAGACAAGAGGAAAGAUUUCAACGUGAAGAAAAACGUGAAAUGGAAAGGAGAGAGAAGUUUUUACAAAAGGAAUCUUUGAAAGCAGAAAGAAGAAGACAAAAAGAAGAGCUUCGAAAAGAAAGAGAAGCAAUAAAACUCAAAGCUGCCAUUGAAAAGGCAGCAGCACGAAAAAUUGCUAAAGAAUCAAUGGAAUUAAUUGAAGAUGAAAGAUUGGAAUUGUUGGAAUUGGCUGCUUCUAGCAAAGGCUUGACUUCAAUAGUUUCACUUGAUUAUGAAACUUCACAAAAUCUUGAUUCUUUUCGAGAUCUCUUAUGUGUAUUCCCACCAAAGUCUGUUCAAGUGAGAUUAAAAAGGCCAUUUUCAAUACAUCCAUGGAUUGAUUCAGAAGAAAAUGUUGGAAAUCUUCUUAUGGUUUGGAGAUUUUGUAUGACAUUUACCGAUGUUCUUGGCCUUUGGCCUUUUACCCUUGAUGAAUUUGUUCAAGCUCUUCAUGAUUACGAUUCAAGAUUAUUAGGAGAGGUUCACAUUGCUCUGUUGAAGCUGAUCAUAAGAGAUAUUGAAGAUGUUGCAAGAACACCCUCAGGUGGGCCCGGAACAAAUCAAUACACGGUUGCCAAUCCUGAAGGUGGUCAUCCUCAAAUUGUUGAAGGGGCAUAUAUGUGGGGAUUUGACAUACGCAAUUGGCUUAAACAUCUAAACCCGCUGACGUGGCCUGAAGUACUUAGACAAUUUGCUUUGUCAGCAGGCUUUGGGCCCCACUUGAAAAAAGAUAAAGGAAAACGUUCAGGCUUGACUGAAAAUGAUGAGAGUAAAGGCAAUGAGGAUGUAAUUACAAUGCUAAGAAACGGUUCAGCUGCUGAAAAUGCAUUUACAUUAAUGCAAGAAAAAGGGGUUUCUCUUCAAAGAAAGUCAAGGCAUCGUUUGACUCCUGGAACAGUCAAAUUCGCCGCCUAUCAUGUUCUUUGUCUUGAGGGACCCACAGGCCUAAACGUAUUGGAACUCGCCGAAAAAAUUCAGAAAACUGGACUUCGUGAUCUUACAACAAGCAAGACACCAGAUGCUUCAAUCUCUGUUGCAUUAUCGCGGGACCCGAUUUUGUUUGAAAGAAUCGCGCCUUCAACGUAUUGUGUAAGGCCUGCAUUUAGGAAGGAUCCUGCAGAUGCUGAGGAAGUGAUUUCAUCUGCUAAAGAGAAGAUACAAAGUUAUGCAAAUGGAAUUUUGGCUGGGGUCAAUGCUGAAGAUGUUGAGAAAGAUGAAGAUUAUGAAUGUGAUGUUGCUGAGGGGACUGAAAUCGAUGAUUUUGGUACUUCAUCUGCUAUUGAAGAAGUUAAGACGGAAGAGGUUGAUGUAGAUAUAAAACAAGAAUAUGAAAAUACCGGUAUUGGUGCGAGUAGUAUCAAUCAAGGAAGUAGUGAAGUUGAUGAAAGAAUAUCAGGAGAAGCAUGGGUUCAAGGGCUUACUGAAGGAGAAUAUUCGGAUCUUUGUGUGGAGGAUCGACUCAGUGCUCUUGUUGCUUUAAUUGGUAUCGCAAAUGAAGGAAACAUUAUCCGUGUAGUUCUUGAGGAUCGCUUAGAUGCUGCAACUGCUGUGAGAAAGCAAAUGUGGACAGAAGCACAACUCGAUAAAAAACGCAUGAAAGAAGAAUUCAUAUCCAAAUUUCAAGAUUCUUCCUUAAUGGAAGGUGGUCAAAGCCCAUUGAUGCCCACCACUGACAAUAAAGUCAAUGAUGGGAUACUACAAACGGGUCAAGAUAGUUCCGUGGGUCAACCCACGGGUCAAAAUCAAAUUCAUAAUAACGGAUAUAACACAGCUGAAAGAUCAAGGUUGCAAUUGAAGGCUUUUAUUGGUCAUAAAGCAGAAGAAAUGUAUAUGUAUAGAUCUUUACCCUUAGGUCAAGAUAGAAGGCGAAACCGUUAUUGGCAAUUUGUUGCAUCUACUUCUAGUAAUGAUCCAGGGUCUGGAAGGGUAUUUGUGGAAUUACAAAAUGGUUGUUGGAGACUAAUCGAUUCAGAAGAGGCGUUUGAUGCUCUUUUGACAUCAUUAGACACACGUGGGACCCGCGAAUCCCAUUUACAUGUAAUGCUACAAAAAAUCGAGACAUCAUUCAAAGAAAACAUCAAAAGAAACAUCAAUUUCCCCAAAAACACAAACCGAAAUAUCUUGAUUUCCGAUUCAACCGAACAAUCACCUUCUUUCAACAUUGAGCUUGGAAGGAAUGAAUUUGAGAAAAAGAAUGCAAUGAAAAGGCCGUUUAGCACGUUUGGGGGUAAAUUGAGUUACCCUGAAGAAAUUCGGGAAAAUGUUGGUGAUUUUAAUGAUUUGUGUGAUUGGGAUGUUAAUGAUCCGUUGAGAAUCCGAUUGAUUAAGUCUUUAUUAACUUUCUUGGAGGCUUCGGUUCCUUUUGAGGCAUUGCAAUCUUCUUGGAUGGAUAACAAUAGGAAUGCAUGGGGUUCAAAGUUGCAUUGUUCUUUGUCACCUUUGGAUCUUCUUCAGAUUGUUACAUGGUUUGAAAGUGUGAUAAAGCGGGACCACCUGUCAUUAAACUUUGAGACAACAGAGGAGCUUCUUGGAACCUCCGGUGUACCGGAAAAGGCUGUUUCCGGCACCGGUUCAGUCCCGGUCCUUCCGUGGGUCCCACAAACAACAGCUGCUGUGACUCUAAGGCUUUUGGAGCUUGAUGCUUCAAUUUCCUACACCCCUGAACAAAAAGCUGAACUCCAUUUGGUAGAUGAAUCAAACGAUAUCUUAAUGGAGAAAGCACCAUUGAAGUUCACGUUCUUGAAGAACAUCGGGAAAACCGUAUCUGAUACGGACCAUGGGAAAUUAAUUAAACCGCCUCGUGGUGGCGUUGGUGGACGGAACCGUGGCGGAAAGUGGCGGCAACGGGCGGCAGGUGGAGGUUCGAUGUCGGCAUCUGGCAGUCGGCAAAACUUCAGAGACAGUGCCACAAUGAGUCAAGUCAUGAAGCAACAAGCACAUGGAAGAGGUCGGAGAACAAUCAGGCGAAAAAGAAUUGAAAAAACCAUUGAAGAAGAAGAAGAAGAAGAACCGAUGAGAAAUUUUGAAAAUGAAGAGUGGGUUAAUGAACCUGUUGAGAAAAUGGAAACGGAUGAUGCUGUGAAUUUUCAUAUCAGUGAAGAUGAAGAAGAUGAAGAUGAAAGUGAAGAUGAAGGAGAUGAGGAACAUCAGGUGGAGUUUGAAAUGAUGGGGAAUGAGGAAAGUUUAGGGUAUGGAGUUGCAAAUAAUGAAAGUAGAUGGGCUGAAGUGGAAAUGAGCGAAGAUGAAGGGUUUAAAGGUGUUGAAGAAGAAGAAGAAGAAGAAGAUGAUGAUGAUGGGAUUAUGAAUGAUGAUUAUGUAGAUGGGGAUGAUGGAAGGAAUUUUAAGGUUGAGGAUUCGGAUUCUUUUGGUUCGGGGGAUUUUAGUGAUUGA